GAGGCGCCGGCAGAGGCGAGGCUGCGGCGGCAGAAGGAACCCCGCAGCCCCCAGCUCCGCGCAAAGGCAUCGCGCUCUCUUCUUGCUCCCCUGCUCUCCCCCCUCUCAGCCCUUCCUCCCUCCCUCUCCCUGGCGUUCCCAGCAGCCGAGGGUUUCAGAUGUCCCACCGCCGUUUGACCCCCUCCCCCCGCUCCUCCACCCCAGCAAAUGAGGUUUGACCAGCAGAGGCAGAGCCCACCUCUGGCUUAGAAUCACUGACAUUCAGACUCCAGGCUUCAACCUGUUUACAAAGCGGCUUUCCAAGGAAGGGGGGUGGGGGCUAGGGCCAAACAAAACACCAGCCGCCGUCCCCCCAAACAAAAAGUGACUUUCUGGAGGCUUCAAAUCAACAGGCACCACUAAAAACAGAAAAGAAGACGGGGAAGGAAACAACGGCGACCGGGCAGCUGCCUCCAGUUCUGACAACUCCUAAAGGACACACUUUUAGAAGUGGUUAGCAGGCGAGGGCUCUGCCGAGAGGGACCAGAAGACCCUUUUUGCAUCUAACAUGGUGAAGAAAGGAGUGAGAAGAGAACAAAGUAAUUCCUGGGGGAGCGAAGAGCGCUGGUGACCGCCACCACCACUGCAAGCUCCGGCUGCGGCGGCCACCCACGUCCACCAUUCGCCCGGAGACUGGAGAGGCGCAGGCGGAGAAUCCGAGAAAGGAGCGAGGACAGCGGCUCUCCCGAGGAGUUAUGGAUGUUGGCGCAUUCGCUUCUGGCCAGAUCCGCGCCCAGAGGGAGCUAACCAGCAGCAACCACCUUCAGCUGUUUCCCUGCCCUGCCCCAGGUCUUACCCUUCCAGUAUGUUCCUUCUGAUGAGACAAUUUCCAGUGCCGAGAGUUUCAGUACAAUGUGGAAAUGGAUACUGACACAUUGUGCCUCAGCCUUUCCCCACCUGCCCGGCUGCUGCUGCUGCUGCUUCUUGUUGCUGUUCUUGGUGUCUUCAGUCCCUGCCACCUGCCAAGCCCUUGGUCAGGACAUGGUGUCACCCGAAGCCACCAACUCUUCUUCCUCCUCCUUCUCCUCUCCUUCCAGUGCGGGGAGGCACGUGCGGAGCUACAAUCACCUCCAAGGAGAUGUCCGCUGGAGAAAGCUAUUCUCUUUCACUAAGUACUUUCUCAAGAUUGAGAAGAACGGGAAGGUCGGCGGUACCAAGAAGGAGAACUGCCCGUACAGUAUCCUGGAGAUAACCUCAGUGGAAAUUGGAGUUGUUGCCGUUAAAGCCAUUAACAGCAACUAUUACUUAGCCAUGAACAAGAAAGGGAAACUCUAUGGCUCAAAAGAAUUUAACAAUGACUGUAAGCUGAUGGAGAGGAUAGAGGAAAAUGGAUAUAAUACCUACGCAUCCUUUAACUGGCAGCACAAAGGAAGGCAAAUGUACGUGGCAUUGAAUGGAAAAGGAGCUCCAAGGAGAGGACAGAAAACCCGAAGGAAAAACACCUCAGCUCACUUUCUUCCGAUGGUAGUCCAGUCAUAGAGGAAGGUGAUGACUGUAGAUGCAGUGGAACCAAAGGGUCUUUGGCCAGGAAUAGUUGCUAUUCUUCAUGAAGACAGUAGUUGGAAAAGCAAAGACACAUUGCAGAUGUCUGCUUGCUUAAAAGAAAGCAAGCUUUUGACAGCUUUGCUGCUGUAUAUGAUGUCCUUUUCAUUAAUUCUGUGUCAUGCCUCAUAAUCAAGAUAU